AUGAAAGAAGGUGACAACGUGCCCAGGACAGAAGAAAACAGCAUCAAAAGAGUGUACAAGAACAUCCAGAGCUUGGUUCCAAUCGACGACUUUUACAGGUAAGACACUUAUAUAAAAAGACCUUGUUUUAGGUGACUCUGACCUAAAUUAUACAUAAAUUUGAUGAUUUUUUAGAAUUAAAAUAACAUUUAAAGACUUUAAAACCUAAGUAAAGCCGUAAUAUAGAUAAAAACGAGUUGAUUUUACUAAAAGCAAGUUAAUAGUACGACAAAAUACGAAAAAGAAACAAAAUUACGAAAUAAAACAGAAUGCCAAGAAAUUGCAAACUUUCAUUAGCAACUCAAAUUUUUCGUGGUGGGACUUAACUCAUAACUGAUGUUAGAUUAUGAGUAAAUUAGUAAAAACAGGUAAUGAAAAAGGUGUUAAAAUUAUCUCAAGUUUAUUUUUAGACCAGUAAUUUUAUUAUAAUCAACUUUUUUCAUUAAAAACUUAAAAUAAGGCCCACGUGUGAUUACAUCUACUGUGACAUUAAAAAUGUUAAAAAAUGUAUUUAAAGAGAAUAAAAGAGUAAAGUAAAAUACGUCUUUUUCCUCUCCCUCAUUUUAGAAGCACAGCAAAACACUACGGUGGAGCAUUUGACGACAAACGUCUGUUCGGCGGCCAAGCCGUAGCCCAAAUGUAUUUGGCAGCCAGGAAAUUAAAGCCCAAUUUCACCGUAAGCCGAAUAGAUGUAAAAUUCCUUCGACCAGGCUCAACAGUAGACCCUAUUGAUUAUCGACCGGUCGAUUUUGCCGACGAUACAGCUCAUUUAACCUUGGUGGCAAAGCAAAACGGAAAAGUUCUUAAUAAAAGCCAUGUUAGGGUAAGAUGAAAAGUGCUGUAACUUUGUGAAUCUUGAUUAUUAUACUGUAUAAUUUGGGUUGGUUAUAAGAAACGUAAUGAGGUUUAUGAUAGUAUAUUAAAAACUUCAAAAUUUUUGUUCAAAAUUUCAACAAUUCAUCAGAAAGUGAAAUUUUGGUGCUGCUCAGAAAAAUGGCAAUAACUUUCUUUCGAAAAUAGCAGUGUCAUCAAAAUUUUUAAAAAUAGUCAAAAAUAGAUCAUUUUUGACAUAACCAAUUUUUUCUUUGUCAUAAAAUUGUAAAACUUUUAAAAUUUGCCAAAAACUUUAAAAUUAUUUCAAACUUGACAAAAAGGCCAGACCGGGCUCAGGAAAAUCGCAAUAACUUUCUUUCCAGCUUUUUUGGUAUUGUGAUAAAAUUUGGGAAAAUUGUAGGCAAGACCUCAUGGCAUCUAGAUUUACUGUCAUUUUGUCAAGAAUAUUUUUUUAAUUUUUAAAAAUUGAUUAAAUUUCAAAAAAAAAUUUUCGAAUUUUUCAAAAUUGCAUUUUCUAGAUAAAAACCGUUUUAAAAACCUUAAUGAAUAACCACACUUACUAUAACAAAACCCAACAACACCGUAUUUUAGCUAAUAAACAAAGCCUAUGCAGCAUUCGACCUAGUCCAGCCAACAAAACCCAUCGAUACCUCUACCCUCCCCAACCCACUUUCCUGCCCCAUAGGUCCGCCUAUGGUAGCCCCACUCUACAUUGAUCGAUGGCUAGACAAACAUGGUUACCAAGCCGUAUACGGUAACAAUUCCGAGCAUCGUACCUCGCUUUUUGAAAUUCGACCGAUCCAGCUAUACGACUUUCGACCUGUCGAUAAACGACAAAAACCCACAUUACUGUGGAUUCGUUUGUCUGAUAUGGUUCGAGAUGAAGCCAUUGUGGAGCCGAUUUUUGCUCCCUUGAUCUUUUCCGACUUUUUGGUGGCUUUACCGGUCGAUGUGAUCUUUGACCUGAAGCCAGAGGGUAAGGCUCCAAAUCUGGCUUCAAUGGAUCAUAAAAUCACGUUUCAUAAAUAUGAAGACCUUGAUGUAAGUUAAAAUGGCAUUUUUAUAUGGUUUUGAAAAAAAUGUUACCUAAAAUAUUACAAAAUGUCAUUUCCAACCAUUUUUCUUACCUAAAACCCACAAAAUGAGAAAUAGUAGCUUACCACAAACUCACAAAAGCAAAAAUACAUCAUUUUAAACAAAGUUCCUUCCAUUUUCAGCCACGGGACUUCUUCUUUGUGAUGCAACAGAUGGAGAUCGCAGCUGACCGUAACCUCAUUGUACAUAGUCGGAUUCACACCAGAGAUGGCAUACCAGUUAUCAGCAUCCUCCAACAGUCCGUUUACCAGAAUAUCUUGCCAUUGUUACCUAAAUUAUAA